GGCGGAGGGAAGAUGUCAUCCUCCAGAGGUCUUCGCCGUGCGCGUGCGAGGGAGGGAAACACCACCUUCGGCUGCCUUGUGUGGGAACCAUAACGAAUCCUCAGCUGACCUCCUCCUCGUUCUCCCUCCAGGGUGCAGAGGCGAGUCGCAACUCCCGCUCCCCCCCUCCCACUUGCACUUUCUCCAUGGGGAACUCCCAUGAAGGUCUUUGCAACGUCCCCUUUCAUGCGUGCCGCAUCAUGAAUGGCAAUGAUGAUGAACAGUGACUGCAUCAAGAAUAGCAGCAAGGAUCAACAGUGACUGCCCCCCCGCCCUUAUGCUUACCCUACAAAAAAAGCUUUCUAAUUGCCUGAAAAUGCCAGAAACACUACUUUUGUCUAAACGACGCUCCCCAACCGACUUUAGCAAAAGCGUGCUCUUCCAAACAAAUAUAAUUUUCAGUUUUGAUGAGUCUUGAUCAGACCUCUCAAGGGACUGCGAUGACGUCACGUCCUGCGGGUUGUCGCUUCUCUUUUCUCCUUCCUCAUUCAAGCGACGCAUCGAAGACUCGAUCCUUUGAGUCAAACAAGUGAAAAUGGAUUGUGAACCUUCGAGGCCUUUUCCUCACACUUUGCGUAACUGCUGCUGUCUUUACUUCAUUAUUCUGAAAUACCAUGCUUUAUUUUGAAAAUGUUAUCCGGAUGUCGCGUGUUAUCUCUUCUUUGAUUGAAAUGUGUCGACCGGAGGUUUUCUCGUCAUUCCUUUUUUUGUCAAAGCUGACCGACUGACUUCAGAAGUUUUUUUAUAAAAACCUUUUUUUGAAGUCAUUUUUUUUGACCGUGGAGAAUUUGCUGAUGGUGGUGAAUCUGUGGAACGACUCCGACAACCAAUCAAAGGGUGGCACACUUUGACUCAAACUUAUCUGAGAGCCGUAGGUCUGAGUGAAAUCGUAUGCAGUUCCUCUUUUAUUUCCAGUUGAUAAGAAAUCAAACAUAACAAAGGGCAACUUCCUCCUUUCGUUUUAAGGACUGUGCAAUCCUGGAUAUUCCGGCCUGAAGCGUGAAACUUUCUCGACCCAUGUGAGCCCGCGGCCACACGCUCUCACUUCCUCACGCGUGACAGUGAAGAGCAGGAUUCCCACACACAACUUUGACAUUUGGUUCGCAGACGCUUACAUUUACCAGCUGGUCGGGAAGUGUGGAAGAGCCUUGAUGAGCCUCCGUUCGCGGCGUCCCUCUCUUCUUUAUUUUUAAGGUUACUUUUCAUAUUGCUCUCCAAAUAUGUCCCAUUCUGAAUGGACUUAAUUUGUACUUUUGGAACGACGACCUAGAGCAACCUCUCGGACGAUGGAUGAUGGUAAUGACCCCAGAAGACGACUCUCGUGGUUGAGCAUUUGUUUUGUUUUCUCUCUGAGCGCCAACUGUUGCGCCGGAUACAUACUGAAGGACUGUCGAAUAAGCAACGACAACGCCAUCUGCUCGGCCAGCAAGCUACGAGCCGUCCCCCGGGACAUCCCAGCGUGGGUCAAAACCUUUGACUUGAGCGUGAACAAAAUCUCCAAGCUCCGAGUAGGUGAUUUCCUCAAUUUCACGCUCCUGACGGAGUUAGGCCUGAAGCGCAAUAACAUUUCACAGAUCGAAAAAGGCACCUUUGCCAGCCUGCGCUUGCUGCAAAAGUUAAAUCUGAAUAAUAACCGUCUGGCACAACUGGGAGAUGUGUUUGAGGGUUUGAGCAACCUGAGCGAGCUAAGACUAACAAGCAACGUCAUAAGAACUGUGACCCCUUCCUCCUUUAAGCCCCUGACAAACUUGACAGUCUUGGACCUGUCAUUCAACAAACUGCAGCGCUUGACUCAGGUCCACUACGCAAUACAGCAUCUACCCAAUCUGAAGUAUCUCUUCCUCAAAAAAAUUGACGUCACCAUUUUCCAGUCCUGGGAACUGACCAACAACACCGUGGGCCUCGCGUACCUCGAUCUGUCUCAGAACCGUAUCGACGUCUUCGCCGUCAGCGCCAAUGUUUUCCAAAACCUGACUUGGCUGAACGUGGGGGGUUCUCCGGGAAGGCACAAGUUGUCGUGGGAGGUUGGCCGAGGGCCUCUUCUCGGACGGCUGAACUCGCUCGAUAUCGGCGGACUUCACUUGACGCAGAAGGUCGCCGGGGCGCUUUUUCAGAGUGUCAACUUCUCGCUGAGCAAUCUACGGAUGAACGCCAUGAAAUGCGACCUCAGGCAGCUGGUGGACGUGUCCUGCACCAUCCCGACACUGACUCAGUUGCAACUCAGACGCAACAAGCUUCGGCUGCUUAAUGGCGGUCUGCUUCGGCUCUGCUCCUCCGUCACCGAGUUGGAUUUGGCCGACAAUCGCAUGAAAGACGUUCUCAACGGCUCCUUUGGAGCCCUAAAAAAUCUGAAGAGGUUGACUCUCAGUCAGAACAGUCUCUCCUCAGUCCCGCCUGCCGUUAGGAAUCUGUCCAGACUUCUAGAACUGGACCUGAGCUCCAAUAACAUCAGCACGCUCACUUGCGAAGACUUUGCCGAUCUCGGCAAACUCCGAAUCCUCGGCCUUUAUCAGAACUACAUAUCGACCCUCCACCAGUGCGUCUUCAAAGGUCUGGGCAAGCUUGAGGUCCUCAAAUUGCAGACCAAUCGAAUCACUCAACUGGCCAGUGCAUUUAAAAGGUACUUACCGAAUCUUAGACAGCUGAAACUAGAUAAUAAUCAACUCAAGGCUAUCGAAAAGGGCGCAUUUGAGGGCUUGCGAUCUCUCCAGAACUUAUCGUUGCAGAGGAAUCAACUGGAAAAGCUUGAAAACGGCUCUUUUGUGGGCCUGACGAUGCUCACCGACCUUUUGCUGCAAUCCAACGAGAUCCAACAGAUAACCGCGGGCGUUUUCAAUGAUCUGGCCAAUUUAAGACGGUUAAGUCUGUUGGACAAUCGCAUCAAGUACAAGAGCAGUAUGCCGUUGCCGGUGGCGCCGUUCUCGAGGCUUUCUCGACUGGAGACCUUGGCCAUGGCGGGCCAACACAGCAGAGGCAGGUCCCAACUGCCCCGCAACUUUCUGCAGGGUUUGACCAACCUUCAGAUUUUCGACACGAGAAACGUCUUCCUCUCUUCCUUGCACCAAGACACCUUCAAGCACACGCCUGGGCUUCAGAAGCUUGACAUUAGCUCAAAUGAGUUGAUCGAUAUCUCCCCCAGCUUGUUUGAGCCCAUCCAGAACCUGCACAGCCUCUACAUUUCAAGAACCACUCUCCGGUCGCUCGAUUUCCUGAAGGAGGCCAACCUUACCAAACUCGAGUUCCUCCAAGCACGAAGGAACCAGUAUUCGGUCAUCACCAAGGAACAGAUGGACGCGCUUCCUUCCCUGGUGUAUUUGGACCUUCAGGGGAACAGUUUCCUAUGCGAGUGCGACAACUCCCAGUUCCUGCUGUGGUUGAACGAAAGUCAAGCCCAAGUCUUUGACGCCCACAACUUUGUAUGCAACUACCCCCCGAGCCUUAAAGGCAUGAAGCUGCUGAACCUCGACAUCGGAUCCUGCUCAGUGGAUGUAGAGUUCAUCUACUUCAUCUCCACUACCGUGGCCGUACUCUUGUUUCAGUUGUCAUCCUUUACCUAUCACUUCCUGCGGUGGCAGCUGGCCUACGCCUAUCACCUCUUCCUGGCCUUGCUGCACGAGCGGAAAUUCCGCGACAAACAGCCCGAGUCGCUCUACGACGCCUUUGUCUCUUACAACGCCGGCGACGAGGACUGGGUAUUCAGGGAGCUGGUGCCCAAACUUGAGGAGGGGCAAGGCUGGAAGUUGUGCCUGCACCACAGAGAUUUCGAGCCAGGGAAGCCCAUCAUGGAGAACAUCACCGACGCCAUCUAUGCCAGCAGAAAAUCCAUCUGCAUAAUCAGUCGCAAAUACUUGCAGAGCGAGUGGUGCUCCAGAGAGAUUCAGGUGGCCGGCUUCCGCCUGUUUGAUGAGCACAAGGAUGUUCUCAUCCUGGUCUUCCUGGAGGACAUUCCCAUCUGGGAGCUGUCUCCUUACUACCGCAUGAGGAAGCUGGUGAAGAAGCAGACCUUCCUGAGUUGGCCUCGGGCAGCCCAGUGCACCGACCUCUUCUGGGAGAAGCUCCGGCAGGCUCUGCACUCCAGAGACAAUCCCGGCGGGGAACUGCUACUGCUCACCGUGGAGAGCAGAAAGUGACAAAUGGACAGACGGAAUGAGGCGAAGGCGGUGAAGGCUGGAUUCACACAAAUUCAAGAGCUUGAUUUUAAUUGCAUUUGUAUCACUGGAUUGAACCCUGCCUUAUGACGGACGACGUUUGCUCUAACCAAACAAGAAUUCCAUUCGCUCGCAAAAGCAAAAUCAGACUGACCAGUCCUCAUUUGAAAUUGAUCUUACAGAUUUAUUGCUGUGUUGCUAAAUCAAGAAAAAUGGUGGUUAUGGGUGUCAUGUUAUAACUGUGAAAUGUUUUAUUCUUAUUUUGUAUUGGGGCAGUGUAAUAGUGUUCCCAAUGUUUGCUAGCGAGGAGGCAUCGGCUCAUCGGAGCAGCAAGAUUCUGUCACGUCAUUGCAGCGACUGAGUGGAACAACACGGACGCAUGUGGUACAAAAAAAGUCUCUUUUAAUAAAUAAGCAGACAACCAAAACAACACAACGCCAAAGACAUUUGAAAAGCAAAUAGGACAAUUCUCAAACGAAAAGCUGUGAGAACCUUCGGAUAGCUACUCUUGGCUGUUUACAAAACAGAGCUUACAUAUGUCUUCACAUCAAAAGUCCAAUUGAAUCUCCAACCAAAGGAACAAGUCCAACUUCAUGCCGCUGUGGUGGUGUUGGCGGAUUCCUCAAGGGCCUUUGUGUUUCUCCUGCGCUCACUAGAACGGAAAACCUCAGUCAGACGCAGGAACGACUCUGAGAAAAUCGCGUCGACGCGCGUCCUACUCACUCGAUGCAGCGCAUCACUCGUUGGGUCCAGCUCGCGACGGGAUUGGCGCACAAAAACCUUCCGGGGAGGUGAAGGCUGCAAAACAGGAAGAACCAGCACGGGUGUUAAUGAGCAGCCUGGAGGAGUGUCAGCUAGCUUAUGGUUAACCCGCUGACGGACGCUCGAGAGUAAAUUUCUUGCUUCAGCAGGCCGCUAUGUUUGCAUUUAUUUGACUUUGAACUCACAUCAAAGUUUCCUGUCAGUUUGUUUGCACAAUGCGUGGUCCACUUAUUCCACUACAAUGUAAUUUGUCUCCGUAAGAAGCCCGUUUUGUCUUUGUGUUGACUCAGUGAGUAAACACACCAGUGAACAAAAACUAGAUGACGCAACCAAAGACAUCCGCAUACACCCAACCCCCAAAUGAAAUGAUGUCAAUUGUGCGCGGCACCUUUGAAAUCAUUUGUAGACCUCAAAAAGGGAAUUUGUUGCACCUCAUACUUUUUACUCCAUUCUUUGAUUUACUUGUGGUUGUUGUUUAUUCCUUUUGAUCAACCAAUUGUUUUUAUUGCUAUCACAUAAAAAUGCUCCAAACAUUGUCCAA